AAACCAGCUGAGCCAUUCAUUCGACAAAACCACAUGAUUCGGCAAAGCUCGCUCUACAGUUUGCGAUCGCGCCUUAAUCUCUCCAAAACUUGAUUCGUCGUCGUCUUCCUCUCUUUUCUUUUUCUUUUAACCUCACGUCACAGAUUCUCGGUCCGUUUCUUGGGCCGAACAAGAUUCAAUUUUUGGGCUCGAGCCCGGGACAUCAUCGUCGUCGGAGGGCUCUUGGCCAUCGUCGGCGCGCUCGGUCAACGAGAAUUGGGGGGAAUUCGAGGUAACAACUGCACCCAACGAGACGAAAAUAGCCGCUACUUUUCUUGGCUGCGACGACCGAGGAUCGACUUCUUUUUUCUUCUGAUGAAUUUUCCUUUUAAUUUUCGAUCCGAAAGCGACAGUAUUCUUGCAAUUCUGACUCCCACUUCUCGCUUCGGCAUACGUUAUUCGUAGCGUAGGUAUCUGUUAUUAAUAAAGAAGAAACAAAAUCCCAUCUUUCGGUGUCAUCGUUUUCUUGAUUUGGGUCUUGACAGUAACAUGGUGUUGCUCAGUAGCUCGAGCACAGUUUGGAUCCGCCACAUUCUCGCUUGCAUGGGUGGCUGCUUUGGAUGCUAUUCUAAGCCCACACCAAUCAUAGCUGUGGAUGAACCGACCAAGGGGCUUCGAAUUCAAGGGCAGACUGUGAUGAAGCCCAGCUUUUCCGAUGAUUUCUGGAGCAGUAGCACUUUUGAUGUGGAUAAUGGCGCUUUUCAAUCUCAGAGAAGCCUGUCGUCUAUCAGCACGUUGACUAUUAAUCAGAGCAACGACUCCGAGUUUGUAAAUCACGGCCUUAUACUAUGGAAUGAGAGCAGGCUGCAAUGGAUUGGAAAUGGGAGUUCCAGGGAUCAAACUAAACAGAAGCGUGGGCGUACAUUGAGUUGGAAUACCACUUAUGAAAGCGUACUCGCUAGGAGAACUCCUUUCGCCAGGCCCGUCCCUUUAUCAGAAAUGAUAGAAUUUCUGGUUGAAGCCUGGGAGCAGGAGGGGAUGUAUGACUAAGGAAGUAUGUCCUGAGAAGUUCCCCAUGUGUAUCCUGCAUUGAUUCGUGAUCUUACUCUGCCUCUUUAAUGUUAACCGAGAGGUAUUUGUAUAGAGCUGAGAAUAUCAAUGAAACACAAGAAACAGCCAAUGAUGUGAAGAAAGGUCUGUAUCUCAGUUCUACCACCCGCUGUGAUUCUGCCCUGGUCCGCGUGAACUUAUGUGUUCUCUGUGCAGCACGCCGAUCAUGUUCUGUUGUAUAUCUGAUCUUAUAUGUACAGAUUAAGCUUGUUGGUUGUUGUAUAUUAGCCUAGAUUCUU